AUGAAGUUCACCGCUGCCUCCAUCGUCUCUCUUCUGCCAGUGCUGGCUCAGUCUGCUGCCAUUGAGAGACGUCAAUCAGGAGACGGACCUGGUGGUUCGGCCGACAACACCCAAGGUGAUCUUGGGGAGAGGCCACCUCCUCGCUUCCCAUUCCCCAUCACCAAGUUCCCUGUCGCGAAUGAAACCGUUGUCCUCGAGCAGGCAAUGUACAUUCUACCCGGACAGAUCUUCGACGGAGGCAUGAAGCGCUACGAGCGUGUCGAGGGUAGCUGCAACGAGCAAGCUGAGGGUACCGAUGCGGACGCUGUUUUCAACCUCCUCCCCGGCUCGACCAUCCGAAAUGUCAUCAUUGGAAAACACCAGGCCGAGGGCAUCCACGCCCUGGGUGACGCCUGGGUCGAGAACGUCUGGUGGGAGGAUGUCUGCGAGGACGCUCUUACCUCCAAGGGCCUCAACACCCAACUGCGAGUUAUUGGUGGAGGUGCUCUCAAUGCUACCGACAAGAUUUUCCAAGAUAACUCCCUUGGUGGCAAGUACAACAUCACUGGCUUCUACGCCGAGAACUUCGGAACCUUUUACCAGAGCUGCGGAAACUGUUUGAACCAAGCGAAGCGAAACGCAACCAUUCAGAACGUGGUGGCCGUAAACGGCAACAGAAUGGGCAUCAUCAACCCCAACUAUGGAGACGAAUUCCGCCUCAAGAACGCCCAGCUCAAAGACCUCAAGGUCAUUGUGGACAAGGAGAUUGCCAACAACGUCCAGACCGUUCCUUACACCGUUGGAACCGGCGCUGACGGAAAGUAUGCCAUCUACAACGAGACCAGAGAUGCCAUCACGGAGUUCGGCGGCGAGGUUUUGAACGCAUACACACCCGAAGACCCUUACGAGUGGCUCGAGGCCUACUGGCCUGACGGAUUCAACUGA